AUGGGUGUGCCAUUCGAAGCCCUCCUCCCGUACGGGAUCAUGCUCGGCAUGUUCGCAUUCAGCGCCGUGUCCGUCGGCAAGCUCAAAGAGAUGCAGAACGGAGGAAAGAAGACCAGGCGCGGCAUGGAUGCGUGGGACAGGCUACAGCAAAUGCUCGAACGCGACCGCAGAUUAACGGGCUUUGCUCGAGGACAGACCGACAAGGCCGAGGCACCAGCGGGCUUCGAGCUCAACAACCCAUGGAGGAUGGAGCAACGAUACAUCUAG